UUGAGAUAAUAAUGGCAUCUGGUGCGUGCUUUUUAUUUGACGAAGUUUAGCUCAGAGGUCAGGGUGUCUUCUCUGUGUGCAAAGCUCAGUGAUGGGAUGCUCGCACUAAACUCCUGUCUGUGGGUAGUCAGGGAACUGCCACUGUAUGGAGUAGCUGUCUCUCUGAGCUCAGGAGACCAGGCCAUGAUGGCAGUGGUAUUUGCCGCAGUCUCGGUCCAGAUCAAGGAUGUCUUUAAAAGGAAUGGUUUGCUCAUUCUCUCCGUGUUGUCUGUUAUCAUCGGUUGCUCGCUGGGAUUUUUCCUGAGGACCAGGCAUCUCUCUGAGCAGGAAAUUAAGUAUUUCCAGUUCCCUGGUGAGCUUUUGAUGAGGAUGCUGAAAAUGUUAAUUCUUCCACUGGUGGUAUCAAGCUUGAUGUCUGGACUGGCCGCUUUAGAUGCAAAAGCUUCAAGUCGACUGGGUCUCAUCACAAUUGCCUACUAUCUCUGGACCACUUUUGUGGCUGUUGUUAUUGGAAUAAUUAUGGUCUCCAUCAUCCAUCCUGGUGGUGCGGCCCAGAAGGAGAAUACUGAGGACAGUGGAAAGCCGAUCAUGAGCUCUGCUGACGCUUUGUUGGAUCUGAUACGGAACAUGUUCCCAUCUAAUCUUGUUCAAGCUACAUUUCAACAGUAUCGAACGAAGAUCGUUCCAAUAGUCAUCUCUGUCAAAGUGUCAGGAUACGAAGCUGCCAAGAGAAUGCCUUUAAUCUAUGGAAUUCAGAGUGAUAAUGACUCUGAAAUAAUUCACAACAUUUCCUUGGAUAUCACUCCAGCUCCAGAGAUCAUCUACCAAACAGGACCAGGAUCAAGUGAGGGGAUGAAUGUUCUUGGCAUUGUUAUAUUUUCAGCAACAAUGGGUAUAAUGCUUGGAAGGAUGGGGAAGAAUGGAAUGCCAUUGGUCAGCUUCUGUCAGUGCUUGAAUGAAUCUGUGAUGAAGAUUGUUGCUAUUGCUACAUGCUAUUUCCCAUUAGGUAUAGUGUUCCUGAUUGCUGGCAAAAUAUUAGAGAUGGAUGAUCCUACGGCCAUUGGAAAGAAACUGGGUUUCUAUGCGAUCACAGUUGUUUGUGGUCUUGUGGUUCAUGGGCUAUUUGUUCUACCCAUGGUAUACCUCUUUAUCACCAAGAAAAAUCCAAUUGUUUAUAUUAGAGGAAUUCUUCAAGCUCUGCUCAUAGCUUUGGCUACUUCAUCAAGUUCUGCCACUUUGCCUAUUACCUUCAAGUGCCUGUUAGAAAACAAUCAUAUUGACAGAAGAAUUGCAAGAUUUGUUUUGCCUGUGGGAGCUACAAUCAACAUGGAUGGCACUGCCUUAUAUGAAGCUGUGGCAGCAAUAUUUAUUGCACAGGUUAACAACUACGAACUGGACUUUGGACAAAUUAUUACCGUGAGCAUAACAGCAACAGCAGCCAGUAUAGGUGCAGCAGGGAUUCCACAAGCUGGCCUGGUGACCAUGGUUAUUGUUUUGACAUCAGUUGGCCUUCCCACAGAUGACAUCACUCUAAUAAUUGCAGUGGACUGGGCGUUGGAUAGAUUUCGAACCAUGAUUAAUGUUCUGGGAGAUGCUCUGGCAGCUGGAAUUAUGGCUCAUAUCUGCCGAAAGAAUUUUACUCAGGAAAAUGAUGAAGUUCCACUGAUUUGUGAAACGAAGCCUGGAAGUAUUAAUCAAAUCAUGACCUAUCAGAGAAAUGGAUGUACAAAUGAUGCUAAUAAGACAGAUAAACAUCUCUAUGCAGGUGCCACAGAUGGAUCUCAUAACGUACAAAUGGAGCUGGGUCUCAGCACCAAAAAAGAUCAUUGCACCAUUGAAAUAGAUGAACUGGAGACAAAAGUAUAGUCAGAGGAAUGCAUCUCAAUGGGAGUACUUCAUGCCAUGCUGGUAACAUGUAUGACUACCUCAUAGUUGGAAAUGUUAUAUAUACAUGAGAAGUGAAAAGUGGAACUGAUGGCAGUGCUGAAGGUGCACACCUGGUUCAAACUACUUUGAAUUACUAUUCCUUUUUUUUUGUGAACAACAUUUUAUUUCUCAAUUCUGUUUAGUCAAUAUGAAGUGUUGGUUAUUCAUCUAGGUUAUUUCAUAAAGAGUGCAGAGGAAACUUAAGAGUGUAUAUUCUUGCCUUUGUUUCACCUGCAGCAAUAAUAUAAAGAUAAGUAAACCUAUUUUGUCUUUUCUUGUUCUCGUUCCCUACUUUCCCAAAGAUUUGUCAACACUAAAUCCAGUUAGUGGAUUGAGCAAGCAGGCAAGGUUUUCCUGCAUGGUGUUCUGAUAUACAAUGGAUAAGAGGAUUGCUGAUUAUUAUCUAGGAACUGUGCUCUUUUUGCAGCAGUUUCUGGUAUCAGAAUCUGCUAUUUUGUUUAUAGCUGACAACCGGGCCAAACCUUGCAGAAAAUUACUUUGGAUCUAUGUGGACUUUCUUCUUCCUUGGCUGGAUGAGAAGCCAAUGGCUUAACCUCAAACCCUCCCCCAGCUCGGUAUGUCCUAAGACUGGAUGAUUGAUGGUCCUCUGGAGGCCAAAGUUUUAAGUGAUUUUUUUUUAACAAACCUCCAUUGUCUUAAGUUGAUAUUGGAAGAGUCAUUCUUUUCCUGAGUUUUAAUCUGUAUUCCUGGAAGCUACAUGUUGUGGCUUUAAUCCAUUGGGAGCUGAAUUUAACUUAAUAGCAUCAUUCUAAUAUGUGUUCACUCAAAAUCCUUUCUAAGCGCCUCCAGCUAAAAAUCCUGAUGCAUGGCAGCUUCUUUCAUGCACUCAGCCUAACCCAUUCAUCUAAUAGGUUCUGAGGAGUGAAGUCAAGGGCUACUAACGUAAGAAGAGCAGAAAAGAAAAUAAGUUAAACAUCGGGUUUUAAAAGCCUGUUUACUGUAGUAGGAAAGUAAGAUCAAGAGAAGUUAACAGUUGUUUGGCUUUGAGUUCUUAGAAGGAGAAAACUAAACAUUGAGCACUUUUAUCAAGUUGUUGAGAGGAAAAUGUAUGUUUCGUAUGGCAACAUGCUUAUACAAGGAAUCUUUCUACUUUAAAAAGAUUUAAAAUGGAAUUCUGGAAAAUUUACUCAACCUUUAAAUUGAAUUAUGAAUCAGCCAUUUCCUCAGCAUAAAGCUUUAAAAAUUCUAGUGGGUAAGAAUUCAAUCAUCUUGUCUGCUGGUAUAUUUGAACAAUGUUCCUCAGCUCUUUUCAAAUUAGCUCCUCUUCAUUUUCCUUACAAGGCACAACUCUGCCCUACAAUUCUGAGGGCAGAGUUGUGGCUUACAAGCAGAAAUGUCUGUAUUGAAGGAAGCUAGAAAAUUAGGACUUUUGUUUCAAUUAAUUGGCCACAACACUUUGAAAGCAGUUGGGAGUUGUAAUCAAUAACCAAGUAAUCACUUUGUGGAUGUGUUUUUUUUCUAGUGUCAUACCUGUUGUGGUGCAUUUUUUAAAUAAUCCAAUAGUUGAAAUGCAUUUUCAUUUAUAUCAAGGCCUGCAACUGACAGUAUGUUACUUACAAUGUGAUGCUAGGGUAGAGAAAUUUACAGUUUAGACAUGUGGAAAAUUUUACAAAGUCAACCAAAUCAAUGUUUUUUGAGAAGAACUGUUGUAUCGAAAUGGAGGUAAUAAUCUUUUGUUGAACUUGCCAUCAGCUUUCACUUCUUAAGUCUCUCUGUAGGAAAUACCAAAUGUCCAGAUGCUAACUGACCAUCUGCAUUGUCUGAUUGAUAGAAAAAAGUAAUUGUUGAUGGGUAACCAUUGAUGUACAAUCACAUUAUUUCUCCUGAUGAUCUUAUUGGCUGACAAUAAAUUAAGCUUUGCAUGAAAUAUGUGCAUUUUGUUUAAUUGGUGCAAGGGGUGUGCUGUACACCAAUAUUUCAGUGAUUUGCAGAUGUAAAAAUGUGGCUUCUCCAUGGUAAUUGUUGUUAAUAUUAUCUUCUA